AUGCACCACCUCAGACUCUUUGCUGGGGUGCUUCUUCUCUUGGCGCUUUCGGCCGAAAAAAGUGAUGCUUAUAAGAAGUAUUCCCUAAAGAACAUGGCGCAGCCCCUCCAAGUGCCAGACGUGGCAAACAACAAACCAAAAGACCAGGCCGGAAUAAAAGAGGAUGUAAAGAACGACGAAGAAGGUGGCCCAGAAAAAGAACAAAAACCUGAAACAGAGGCCGCUGCCCUCGAGAAAAAAAAGGAAGAAGAAGGAGAGAAACCCGCUAAGGGUGAGGCCGAGAAGGAAGAAGAGAAACCCGCUGAGGGUGAGGCCGAGAAGGAAGAAGGGAAACCCGCUGAGGGUGAGGCCAAGAAGGAAGAAGUGAAACCCGCUGAGGGUGAGGCCAAGAAGGAAGAAGAGAAACCCGAGGCUGAGGGCGAAGGC